UUAUAUUUAAUGCCGAACGUACGUAAUCGGCGAGCGAAACGUCUGAGUGUAAAGUGAACGAAACGGAGGUUUCGGGAACAAAUUACUCUUAUCGCUAACGAAGAGAUAUGAAAUUUAUAUUUUUAUCGAAAAACUGUGCAGUUCACUUGUACAAGUGUUGAUUGUGAUGCGGAUGUGUAUUGAUUGAAACUAGACGUGGAACCAAGUGCAGUUUUACCAAGUCAGAGAUAUCUGAAGCCACCCUUGAUAAUUUGUGCUUUAUUAGUGACAACGGUCGAGUAGAACGCAGAAAUGCAGGCGAUUAAAUGUGUAGUGGUCGGUGACGGAGCCGUCGGUAAAACAUGUCUACUAAUCAGUUACACCACAAAUGCCUUCCCAGGAGAGUACAUACCUACAGUAUUCGACAACUAUUCAGCGAAUGUGAUGGUGGACGGCAAACCCAUCAACCUGGGACUAUGGGAUACGGCGGGACAGGAAGACUACGACAGACUGCGACCUCUCUCCUACCCACAGACAGACGUCUUCCUUAUAUGCUUCUCGCUUGUUAACCCAGCAUCAUUCGAAAACGUGCGAGCUAAGUGGUUCCCCGAAGUCCGGCAUCACUGCCCGUCGACGCCCAUCAUCCUGGUCGGCACCAAGCUGGAUCUUCGCGAAGACAAGGACACCAUUGAGAAGCUGAAGGACAAGAAACUCGCUCCCAUCACCUACACACAGGGUCUGGGCAUGUCUAAAGAGAUCAGCGCAGUGAAGUACCUGGAAUGCUCGGCGCUGACACAGAAGGGGCUGAAGACGGUGUUCGACGAGGCCAUCCGCGCCGUGCUCUGUCCCGUGCAGCCCAUCAAGCCGAGGCGGAAGUGUAGACUGCUCUAAGGAUCGUCUUUCACUCGCAGAUAAGAUAGCGUAGUACAGACGUGGAUGCCAGUGUUUACAGCAUAGCUUACAAUAGAGCACCAACAUCAGAAUCAAUGUGCUAAACACGAGCGCUGUAAUCAAAUGGACUGCAAUAAAUGCAUACAUAGAUGUUAAUUUCUACUGUUAAAGUACGCAUUAUUAUAAUUAUGUAACGUGGGUUGGUGUGAGUGAGCUCCGUACUAUGUAUAACGCUUUUUAUAUCGACCGGAUAUCCCCGUCACUGGCAGUUUUAGGCUGUACAAAGUGUGUCCUUUGCCUACUCGUUCGCAGUUGUCUAUGGAUUCUUUUUUUAAAUUUUUGUAUCGGUAAUACUGUCGUGAAUUUCUACCUCUAGCCACUGUUCGCCAUUGGGUACUUUUAUUGUAUAUUGUUUCACAAAGUAAUCAUACCACCGUCUGUCAGUGGCUGUAAGGUCCUAUCCGAGUAUAACUCAUGUCUGGGUGCUUUAUCAUAAACCUGACCGUUGCUGUAACGAAAAUGUUAUUACAUUCCUACAUCUAUGAUAUUCGGGUACAAAAAUACUUUGCCGCUUCUAUACGGUUGUUUAAAAAAUGGAAUUGUUGAAAUUUGUGUUUGCCAGAGAUUAUAUUUUUCGAUUUAUUAUUGCUUUUUAUUUGUUUCCACAUUGUUGUAUCAAUGUUUUGCGGUCGAAGCAAACUCGUAUACAUUUUCGUCCUUAUUUCCUGCUGUUAAGGUUCAAUUUGUGUACGAGUUAUCGGCUAAAACUAGUGGCGUAAUAAGUACAGCAUUCGUUCGUAAGAAAAUGUUUAAUCAUUAAAGUUUCGUAUCAUUGUAUAUUUAAUUAAUUAAAACGUUAUAUGUACCUUUGUAUGAUGUAAACUGUAUUUCGUUAAUAUAUUACGCAGUUUCCGGUAUAAAUUGACUUCGAUGUGAUUCGUAGGUUAUAAUGUCUUAAAUAAGGGAACCCACUGUACUGUACAAAACGUAUACCCGAGCACACAAUCCUGCAUUUACUAAUUCAAUAGUAACAUUUAAUAAUAUUCAAUUAACUACUGAAGUCUGCUUUCAUUGGAGUCAACUAGGAAAUAUUCGACCAAUACGCCAUCUAGCAAAUAAUAAAUAGCUGUUACAUUUUAUCUAAACAUCAAUAUUCAAAUUUGAUCCUAACGUGGACGUUUGAAGCCGUAUAUUGCAAUGUUGCGAUUUCUUUCUCUAAAUUGGCUAAAAGCUUGAGAGUAAAAGCGCCGCGUGAAUGGUCAAUACUUAGAUACAUAUCGUUGGUAAAGUGUAGCUAUGCUAUUGUGACGUCAUUGUGACGCUAGUGGCCAUAGAUUUGCGAUUUUAGACCUUAUCUGAUAGAACAUAAUGUGGACUAUUCUUUCAAAUGUAAAUCGUAGAACUAUGGUCCUUAGCGCAGUUCUCAGUAAGCAACAAGAUUGUAUCGCAAACGUUUAGUCUUCUACGGCUAAUGAAACCGCACAACUACUUUUAGCAUUACCCGACCGGGUCGCGAUGGUCAGUCUACCGUAGUACGAACGUCUCGCUCGCCGACCUCCCCGACUCGGUCGCGUUACUGUCACGGGAGGCAUUUUUCGCUGAAAAUGUGAUAAACGGGUUUAGGCUCUAAUUGACUGUCUAGACAUUUUACUCGGCCUCUAGUUGAGAUGCUUUUUUUACCUUAUACGCCUAACUUCACUAUCGUAGAGUCUACAGAUCGUUUUUUUUUUUAGUAAAUAAAAUGGCACUAAGUUAAUUACUGUCUAAAUCCACUCCUAAAAUAUAAAUGUUUAUAGUAAGUGAAACAGUACACGUAAGUUUGUGUUUAAGUGUGCAAUUGUUGUUGCUUGACACCGACGCGGCACGCCGUAUGUCUCGAUGCCAUACAGAUUCUUUUAAAACUUCAAAUAACUAUUGUUUCGUUCUUUUCCAAAUUUAAAAAGCUCGAACAAUUGCACAGAACAUCCCUAGCCGUAAGAUUUUAAUGUAUGUAUUGUUCAGAUGCAAAUAUUUAGAAGAAUCAGCAUGUAAAUAACGGUAAUUUAGUAUUAAAUACAAAAAUAAAAACACGCCAUUUAAUUUGGUGUGACAUUUUUAUACUAGAUCCAUUUUUUUUUCAUAAUGUACCUAUGAACAUUUUAACGCUAAUUCAAAAUUAAUUUUACUAAGUAGGUUUUAUGUAUUCUCGUAUCGUAAUACGUUUAUGGUUGAAUGGACUAACUAUAUUAUGUCUAGGUAUAAAGUAUAUAAUUUUAAUAAUAGGCCAACAUUAUAAGAGAUGUGUCGAGGCAGCGACGGAACGAGAUAAACAAACAAAUAUUUUUAAACUGAAACAAAUACGAUAAUAACAUUAUUUUGUGAAGAAAACAAAGUAUUUAGCAAUAUUUUUUCAACGGGUAAAGAGUGGAGGCGUUAUAUAGCCGAUAUAUACGUGUAAUCUAAAAUAUACCUUGAGACGACUAUAUUAAAGUAUUGUUUAGUAUGUCUGUUAGUCCAAAUUUUUCUUAUGUAUGUUAGACGCGUUUAUUUGUAUCGAUGUUGAGUUGUCACCUUGUUAGAAAUAUUUGUUGGUAUGUAGUCACUUUGCCAUGUACUGCAUUAGCUUUUCAUACUACCAGCUUGUAUAAUAUUAUUUUUAUACAAAUUUGUAUAUGUAUAGAUAUGCGCUGUGUCUAUAAUUCGAUUGUAUUGAUAGUUAGAUAACGCUGUCGAGUAAUUCUUCCAAAUAUUGUAAAGCCUCUGAAUAAUUCAAAAUAUAUUUAUAUUAACUGUUCA